UCUUAGGGUGCAUUAUCGGAGUUUCAACAUGCCUUCUAGUGCCUCGCUGCUACUAGUUAUCACAGCUGUCGUCUCACUGGCUGCCCAAGGACUAGCGGCUAAAGACUACUGCACUGUCCAGCGAAACUUGAAAGAGGAAUGGGGAGAAUAUGGUAAACUCUGUCGCUGUAUUUACCCCGAGAGCCUGUCAUACGUCUGGAAUGGUGAAAACCCUUCUGAUGCCAAGCCACAUUGUCUGUACAACGGCUGCCCUGAUUUUGAAAGAAUGUUGUUGAUUUCGGAAGGCGGAACCUUCAUGAAAGAUGGUCGUCCGUGUGUGUGUAAAAAGGGUCACAGCAAGUAUCACACAAAGAGUGUGCUGUACCACGGCGUUUGUGAUGAUCUCGUUGGCGAUAAAUACGAAGUCAUAUUUGAUUAAGAUCAACGCCAACACAGUGAAACUGAAUAGAGUUGCUUUAUGAGUUCUUAUGUGCAUAAUA